UACCCCUAUUCCUUCGUCACCAACUGCAAGGUCGUUGCGAAGAAACCCGCACAUUCAUCAUAUAAAUCCAUAUCAUAACAAGGGUUGACGAGUAGUGCAACCAACUCCGCUGUCAUUACCUCAGAGAGGCGAGAGCGCGGAAGCUGCCAGUGCCAACUCGCUUUCCUCAGCUGAAAGUCCGACCCUUAAGAGCUGUCACACCACUUGCAAAUAAUAAUAACGCACUAAAUCACAAUGAAAACAAGGUGCAAAGCAGCCUCUGCUCACGAUUCAUGGUAAAGUGGCUGGAGAGAUGCUGGCGUGGUGUUUGUUGUUGUUGGAGCGCGGCGUCAACACAUUUCAAAAAAGAGAACAUGGGCGAUUCCACUGGGGUUAAUGACCUCCCUGCUACUACCCCAGCCCAUAGGAAGGUGACCACUGUUGUAAUUGGUGUAGGUAACAGAGGAAAGAAUUAUGCAAGAUAUGCUGAACAGUUUCCUGACCUUCUUCAAGUGGUAGGGGUGGCUGAACCAAGAGAACAUGUUCGUCACUUUAUGCAGAAAAAGCACUCUAUACCUCAGCAACAUUGUUAUACAGGGUGGCAGUCCUUGGCAGCAGAAGAAAAACUAGCUGAUUGUGCCAUCAUUGCUACUCAAGACCAGCAGCAUUUUGGACCAGCUGUUGCACUUGCUAAAAAAGGUUACCAUAUUUUGCUGGAAAAACCUAUGGCAGUGACUGCAGAAGACUGUUGUUCCAUAUAUAAAGCCUGCAAAGAUGCAGGUGUUAUAUUAGCUGUGUGUCAUGUUUUACGGUAUUAUCCUCCGGCUAAAAAACUGAAGGAGUUGAUUGAUUCAGGCAUCAUUGGAGAGGUUGUCAACAUUAACCACACAGAACCAGUAGGAUUCUGGCAUUUCGCUCAUUCUUUUGUUCGAGGGAACUGGAGAAAUACAAAGAAGAGCACUUUCUCGUUGUUGGCAAAAUGUUGUCAUGAUGUUGACCUCAUUGCAUAUUGGAUGGGUAACAAAAAAUGUACCAAAAUGUCAUCAUUUGGAUCCCUGCACCACUUCAGGCAAGAGAAAAAACCUGCUGGUGGUGGAACUCGAUGUCUACAGUGUCCAGUGGAGGCUACAUGUCCUUACUCAGCUAAAAAAAUCUACCUAGACCCAGCUCCAGAAAGGCCUCGUUGGCCAAUGAGUGUUGUGUGUGACAUUGAAGACGCUCCUGGUGGAUAUUUGCAAAAAUUAAAAGAAGCCAUUGAUACAGGUCCAUACGGAAAGUGUGUUUACGAAACUGAUAAUGAUGUUUGUGAUAACCAGGUAGUAAAUUUUGAAUUCAUAGAUGGAUCUACAGCAACCCUCACCAUGGUGGCUUUCAGUGAAAGAAUCUGCGCCAGGAAGACUGAAGUGUAUGGCACCAUGGGUCAGUUAGUCUGGGAUGAUGGAAAAGGGCACGAAAUUCAUCAUUUUGACUUUUUAUCAAAGAAAUCAAAAGUCUACACAUGUGAAAAGAACAAUGCAGCAGAGGGAUGGGGUCACAGUGGAGCAGACUAUUUCCUGAUGGAGGCCUUUGUCAAAGCUGUUGCACAAGAUGACAGUCGGUGGAUAUUGUCAGGCCCAGAAGUAUCUUUAGAAACCCAUUUGCUUACAUUUGCUGCUGAGGAGUCAAGAAUCACAGGCACAAUAAUAAAGCCCAAUGAAGACCCACGAUGGAUGGCAUAAAAGUAUCAGCAUGCUAUUAUGUGUCUUGCAUCUCCUUUACAUAGAUAGAUGUAUGGGAGAUGUAAGCGUGAGUGGGGAGAAGUGGUGUAAAAGUGCAUAUAAAUGAAGUGGGGUAGCUACCUUUUCACAUGUGAAAUAUAUAUUUUUACAUCAUCCAUACCUAUGGGUACCUUUUUGGUGUGUUCAUCCAUCUUGUUUUGCUGUCUUCCAUUCCUUUUAUGAAAAUUUUGCUUAAUCCCUUCAAGCCAGGGUUAUGUUUAUAGAAUGGAUCCAGGGAAAUAGGCCUCCCUCUUCCUUCACCCCCCCCCCCCCUCUCACUCUUUGUCUCUCUCCAGUCCUACUUUGGUUUAUGAGCCUAAUUCGUUCCGGAAUUUUGCUCACAAACGAAAAAACUUGUAAACCAAAAUGAAUGCACACAGUAGUACUGAAAACACAAAGAUCACACACAAGAGCACAAACAUAAGCAGACACAAGCAUGUGGGAAUGGAAUGAGACCCAAUUCCCAUUAUUUUCUGAUCUGGGCGCUUUUGUCUUUCAACGAACAAAGGGAACCCACACUUGCGUCUUUGACUUGUACAAACAGGAUGCUGAUACGCCAAGUCACUGCUUGUAAACCAAGGCAUUUUUAGUGAACUUUUUUUGCUUGUAAAUCAAAACACUCGUAAAGUAAGGCACUCGUGAACCGAGGUAUUACUGGAGAGAGAGAGAGAGAGAGAGAGAGAGAGAGAGAGAGACACUAUAUCUCCUCUCGACACCAUGCCAUGAUUACAGCCACACAACACUCUUCUCCCUUCUUUCUCACAAAUAUAAUAUAACAGGCUUCACCAUAGAUUAAUUACUCACAACAAUUUUUCUGAAGAUGACAAACCACAGAAAAGUUACAAGCCUGUUUCCUUUUAUUGGCGACUAUAAUUGUGGCGCCUAUUUCAUGGAUAAUAUUUAUCUGAUUGCCUACACAUAGGAAACAGUUGUCACUGUCAAUGAUAUGCAGGCAACAAUAACAAGUACAGUCCAUUAUAGUCAAUUUUGAGUUAAGAAUCUUAGUACUGUUGUAGAUAGCUGUUUUGUUAAUUUUUAAGAUUACUGAUUAUAAUUAUUAAACAGCCCUGGUGCUGAAAUUGCACACCUCAGACUUGGGUGCCACGACUAUAGCUGUAGUAUGUCAUAUAGAUAUGUCACUGGAUUCAAGAGGUUGAUUUACUUCCUCUGAGAUGUCCAAAUAAUGAUUUAAUCUUUUAAUCUCAUGCACUGCUAAAUGUAGCUUCUAUUUCACCUUUUGAUGUAAAUAAUGGUAUACUGAAUUUUCUACAUUCCUUUUGUGAUCAAUAUUUUAAAAUUCCUGCUGCAAAACAUAGUCCCAAUAAGUUUUGCUUAUUAAGAGUUUGUUACAUCUUGCAAUGUCGUUGUAUAUAUGCAAGGUUGCUAGCUUUGAUAAUAUUUUGUACUAAAUUAAGUAAACCAAUUUUUUUA